CCCAACUGUUCUCUCCUUUUUUCUUCACCUCCUUACCAAAAACAAACACACGCUACUAUUUGAAUAUCACACAUUCAUUGUCUUGUCAAUUUCAAUUUAGUUCCCUUCAACACAAAAUGGGCAGACCACCUCAUUUUUCUCUCAUCAUUCUCAUUCUUUCAUUCAUAUUUAUAGCUCCGAUUGCAUUAUCGGCGACAUUCACAUUAGUAAAUCAAUGCACCUACACAGUCUGGCCGGGGAUUCUCUCCGGCGCCGGAACUCAGCCGCUCUCCACCACCGGAUUCGCGCUCAGCUCCGGCGACUCCUUCCCCUUGUCCGUCCCGGCGUCGUGGUCGGGCCGCAUUUGGGGCAGGACACUCUGUUCUCAGGAUCCGGCCACCGGAAAAUUCACCUGCGCCACCGCCGACUGCGGCUCCGGCACUGUCGAGUGCUCCGGCGCCGGGGCGGUGCCGCCAGCCACGUUGGCCGAGUUCACGCUCAACGGCGCGGGCGGCCUCGACUUCUACGACGUCAGCCUGGUGGACGGGUACAACCUGCCAAUGCUCGUGGUCCCACAGGGCGGAGGGAACUGCUCAAGCACGGGGUGCGUGGGCGACCUCAACGAGUCGUGCCCGUCCGAGCUGAAGGUGGUUGGCGGCGCCGGCGGAGGGGAAUGCCUGGCCUGCAGGAGCGCGUGCGAGGCGUUCGGCGAUCCCAAGUAUUGCUGCUCUGGCGGGUAUGCCACGCCCGAAACCUGUGGACCCACCCAGUAUUCGCAGGUGUUUAAGAACGCCUGCCCCCGCGCUUAUAGCUAUGCUUAUGACGAUAAAACCAGUACUUUUACAUGUGCUUCUGCCGAUUAUAUUAUCACUUUCUGCCCAACUCCUUCCCGCAGGAAAUAAAUGAAGAUCAACACAGGGAUUUUACGUGGUUCGAUUUACUGAUGUAAA